GGAGGAAGAGGAGGCGGCGGCGGCGGCGGCAUAAGGAGUUGGACAGGCAGCGGACGAGCCGGUCCGGCAUCUGGGCGCCGGAGAUCAUCUGGAGGAGCCAGAAGGCGCCUGAGCUCCCCUAAAGCGGACGGAAAGUUUUAAAGAUGGCUGACUUUCUGAAUUUUCCUCACUGACAGUUGGUUAUAAUUCGGAAGCACAAGAUGCAAAUAGCUGCUGUGGUGUUUUGAUGUUACGUGAACAUAAGGAAGAAAGCUUCUCUCUUCAGAGAGAGACUAUAAAAUGCAUGUUAUGAAUUGUGUCUCCUUGGUCAAUGAUAAAGAAAAUGGAGCUAUUUCGGUUGAAGCUGGAUUAAUGAUUGGAGAUACAACAGAGCCACAGCCACCUCCACCGCCACCUCUACCUCCUCCACCAUGUCCAUCUACAGAAGGUGUUGGGGUACCACCUCCACCUCCACCUCCUCCUCCAGUACUAAGCAGACCUCCAUUGCCACAGGUUGUAACUGGGAAUGGCCACCAGAGCAAGAAGAAGCGUAUACGUAAUUUCUUCUGGAAAACUAUCCCUGAAGAACAAGUUCGGGGUAAAAACAAUAUCUGGACAAUUGGUGCAAAGCAGAGCUACCAAAUCGAUACAAAGACAAUUGAGGAAUUCUUUGGGCAGCAGGAAGAAGCAGCACGUCUGGAUGCCAGACUUAGAAGUUCAAGGAGAUCGUUUAAGGAUCCCAAACAAGAGAUUAAUAUUUUGGAUGCCAAAAGAAGUAUGAAUAUUGGGAUAUUCCUAAAGCAAUUCAAAAAAUCAUUUGGAUCCAUAAUUGAAGAUCUUCACUCAGGAAAAAGUGAUCUCUAUAGUUCUGAGACCCUACGUGAACUUCUUAAGUUAUUGCCAGAAACCGAAGAGGUAAAAAAAUUAAAAGACUUCAAUGGAGAUAUAUCAAAACUGUGUCAAGCUGAUUCUUUUAUGUACUUACUAAUCCAGGUGCCAAACUACUCACUACGAAUUGAAGCCAUGAUGUUGAAAAAAGAAUUCUCCCCAUCUUGUUCAUCUCUGCAGAAAGACAUGACAAUUAUAAGAAGAGCUACUAAGGAGUUAAUGUGCUGUGAAGAGUUACAUUCCAUAUUGCAUUUAGUGCUCCAGGCUGGGAACAUUAUGAAUGCUGGUGGCUGUGCUGGCAAUGCAGUUGGUUUCAAACUUUCCUCAUUACUCAAGUUGGCAGAUACAAAGGCGAAUAGGCCUGGGAUGAACCUGCUUCAUUUUGUUGCUUUGGAAGCCCAGAAGAAGGAUAAAGUUCUUCUAACCUUUUCAGAAAAAUUGCAGCAUGUUCAAGAGGCAGCCAGAAUACCUCUUGAUAAUCUAGAAGCAGAGCUUAAUUCACUCUCCUCAAAAACCAAAUCUCUUAAGGAAAAUAUCCGAAAGGAUUCGGAGCUGUAUCGUCAGAUGGAAGGCUUCUUCCAGUUUGCUGUAAAAGAAAUAAAAGAGCUUGAACAGUGGAAGCGGGACCUGCUGAAAGAAGCAAAUGCCCUGAUGGACUUCCUGUGUGAAGAUAAAGAAACAGUGAAACUGGAGGACUGCUUUCAGAUAUUCAGGGAUUUUUGCCUAAGGUUCAACAAAGCAGUUAAGGAAAACAAAGAGAGAGAGACCCAUGAACUUCAGCAGCGGCAGCGAUUAAAGGAACGGGAGGAAAAACGUCUGUCAUGGGUUGUUGGAGAUCUCGGGGCUUUGGGCAGAAGCAGCAGCGAAAGUGAUGUUGGUACACUGACUAGGAGAGGACUUGAAGAUUUUCUGCCCUUUUUGCAGCAGAGACCCCAAAGUCCUGCCUACAGAAAUGCCAGCAUUAGGCGCUCCCGGCAUUCCUUGGGAAUCACUGCAGACCGAGAACUGUUGGCUUUCCUAGAGAUCUCAAAGGACGAGGAGCCACUCAAGUCAAGCAGCCUCCCCAGUGCACAAGCAAGACCCAGUGUAGCUUGGUCUGAAUCGGAACAAUCUAGAGAGCAUCGUUUAACUAACUCACAUCGAACAUCUGGAGAAGGCAUGGGCUGCAAUUACGUGCAGUCACCUCCACCUCAGUCUGGUCUCAUAGAAGAUAUAGAAGAAUUAGACACUGCCAAUGAACAAGACAGUGUAGAUAGUGACAAGUAUGGGUUCAGUGUGCCUUCUAUGGAAGCCACAGCUACAGCCCCAUGGGACCUGUCUGUUGAGGAACACGAACUUGUUACUGGGCUGAUUAAAUUUGACCUCAAUGGAGCAAAUGCUACAGAAGACCCAUCCACAGUUCAUUUUGAGAUUGGUGGAACAAAUGUGAAGACUCUGGGUGAUUCAGGCUUCCACUCUGUUGGCAUCACAGGUGAUCCAGUACCAUCCUCCAGAACAUCUAGAGAAACUGUUCAUAAAGUCGAACAUGAAGCUCCAGAACUUAGUGAUAGCCCCACUUCUACAGAUAGUAGUGUUUCAGGAAAUAAGGUACAUGGACCAGUCUUCUGUAUGUCAGAUACAGACUAUUCCUUAGCACUGGAUUUGUCAGAGGGAAAUGAUGCAAAACUCGAUGGCAACAAAAUAAAAAAGGAAGAUGGUGCUAUGGCCCUUUUUAUGAACGACCUGCAAACUGGUGGCAGAUCCCUUUUGGGUGUCAAUUCAUCAUUUCCAGAUGAUAAAGAAGACACUAGCAGCAAGCUUGGACAUCCUAAAGAAAAACAUGUAAAGAACAAAGAUGCAUCAGGACCAAAGAGAAACUCCCUAAAAGAAAAAUCUCCAAGUUCCACAAAAUCCAGCAGUGGACCUCCCAAUCACCCCAGACCAGUCAGAACUCUGAACGUCUCCGAGAAUGCAAAUAUGAGAAAAGUCGUGCCUAUUUCCAGGUCAACUAAAACACCACCCCCUACUUGUACAAAAAAGCCAGAGGCUAAGCCAGCACCUCGAGACACCACCGUAACUGAAACACGGUUGUCACGUCGCAAUUCUGUUCGGGGUGCAGAAACAGUGCCAAAACCUCUGUACAGGCAAAGCAUAUCUGUAGAGGAGCCAAAAUUUCAGCGAGGAACUUCAUGUUCAAGCAGUGGCCAUUUUGAGAGGGAGCAGCUUCAGCACAAAGGCUCCUUCAAAAAGCCAAGCUCCAAGCCUGUCAGGUGCAUCCCCAAAUCGAAAAAUGAUGAAACAAAGAUGUGCCGCUCUUCGACCAAACCCCAGUCCCCUACAGAUCCUAACAAAAGCCCAGUUGUCAUUGUUCCCAAGACACCAGCUCCUGUUCCAAGCUUUGCCAGGAAUACAGUGGCCUCUUCCUCGAGAUGUGCAAAGGUGGAAUUGCCAGGUUCUUCAAGACCUCCAACCCUCACAAGGUCUCUGUCUCAGAGACUGCCUAAGAUGAGAGUAGCAACAGCGUCAGAUGAGUUUAAUCCAAGAGAAAACAGUGGAAGUCCUUUGAAAAGGGCAAAUAGUGCUAGAAUGAUUAAACACUGCACUGACACUGUUGACCAUCUCCGUGUUAAGAUGGAGUCUAUGCUAAGGGAUGAUACAAACAUGGAGAAAUCGGCAAUUAAAGAAGGGAAUCAGACUGCAAUAGGGAAAUUCCUGAAUCGCUUCUGAAAAUAAGGGGUUUAUCAUUUGGCAAUACAGAAUGUGAAAACCUGCUUUUUCAGCACUGCAAGUUGUCUGUUGUGAAACACCCAAGAUGUUGUAUUUUAAUAGUAUCAACUGGUAAUUAAGGUACAUUGUGCAUCAGAAAUGAGAAGCUCCUUAGCUCUCUGGACUUGAUCCUACUGUAUGUCUGAAUUGAAUGUAUUCAAAGUGACUGUGAUGGAAUAGCUGUAAACAAAGUUUUCUUGCUUUUGAAACGUAAUACCUCCACACUGGUUUUACAUGCUAGAUAAAUGCUUUUGUCUACUGGGGAGAAAAAGAACUAGAGAUUAUAUUCAGUUCUUGAAUAAUCACUGUGUUUCUAAAUAUGCAGUCAUGCACUCCUUUGGGGGGGAAAGUGUGAAAAGCAGACUUGAAUCACUUAAAACCUUGGUUCCAAGAAUAUACUGUGCCUCUUGCAGAGUCCAUUGCUGGCAAUUGGACACAUGAACCGCUGGCCUACAAUAAUGGUAAACUAGGACCCUGCUGUUUGGGGGAGGCGCUGUUGUAAUACCACCUUGAAUUUGCAGCAUGUCUAAAAAUUGUGUGUGUGUCUGCAUGCGUGCGUGCGUGCGUGCGUGUAAGGGGGGAGGGGAAACUCUGCUGGGCAGAAUGUUGAUUCUCCAUGAGUAUAGCAGAACUGCCUUGCAUGUACAAAUAGAUUAGUCGAUGGGAUGACUGGUGCUGGAAUGAGUAGGGUUAUCUGAAGGCACCAGCUUUCAGAAACCACAGGUAGCUUUUAGAGAAGAUGACUAUAGGUGACCUGAUUUGUGUCACAAGCAAACUUGCCAGCUUUUGGUGUACAAAAGUGCCAUAUUUAUAGUACAUAUCUCAGAUUCUGCAGCUGUGGAAACCUAUGAAAACUGCAACCUCAUGCAGAGCACUUUUCCUACCAACUCUUUUCUUCCACUGGUUUUCGCUACUACCAGAUGACUUAAAAUGCUGCUAUGGCUCUGAUUAGUCAGAGCCAUUGGUUUCCUUGCUGCCUCCCUUUUGUCAUUUUGACCAAUUGGCAAGAAACGUAAAUUCCUUUUAUGCAUGACGAAAGGUGCUUUUUUACUGUAAAAUAAGCUUAAUUUGCUUCAGAUAUGUAUUUUAACACUACCUUUUACAACUUUACUUUUUGAUAAGCUUUUUGUUCUUUUUAAAAAAAGAAACAGCUCUGAGGAAAACAUGACACCAGUUCAGAGUAGGAUGUCAAGAAUGAGGGAAAACCUGUCAUGAUAUGUGCUGCCUUCUCCCUGCUCCUUUUCCAGGUACAUAUAUAUAUUAGGUGCGGAAAAACGGCUGUUCAGCCUCUUUAUUUAAAUCUGUGCUAUUUUUUUCAUUUAUGAAUACCUUUUUAAAUAAAAAAAAUGCAGUGGGAUUAUUUGGAUAAAUAACACCUCCCUUUAUCACUACCACUUUCUUUCCCACCCUUUGACGAGUCAUCUGUCACAGUGAAGAACAUGCCCAGAUGUUUCUAUAAACUAGUAAUUGUCGUAUCAUCCAGUUUAGUAAUUUUACCAUUGCAUCUCACCACCUUAUACUUUUCCUAUAUGAAUGGUUUGCAAAUCUCCUUUCUGGAAAAUAUGCAAAAAUGCCAUCCAAUGCACUGUUGGGCUUUCUAUGCAAGCCCCCCCCCCUUGCCAUGGUUGGCCUAACCC